UAUUGUCUCUCUUCACAGACUUCAAUUUUCUCUCUCCAUCUAAUUCAAUUUUUUCCCCUUAAAAAUCAAAUUUUUCUAUUAGGGUUUGGAAAUUUCAGAUAGAAACAAAGCACUUGAUCCACAAACAGUGAUUAUCUCAGCUUCGCUCUCAUGCACCGUUGAGAGUGUUAUGCUGAGUUGUUAUGGCACCUAGAGAAGAUCAGGCUUGUACAGCGGCUGAGAUUGCGAUUGGAUCGAUUGGGCGUGGAUAUGAUAUAUCUUCUGAUAUAAGGCUCAAGUUUUGUAAAGGGGAUUCUGUUGAUUCGCGUUUGAUUGAGAUUGAUGAACUUGAUGUAAGAGAGGUUGUUUUACCUGGUGGAGUUUCGUUACCGAAUGUUUCAAAGUUAAUAAAAUGUGAUAAAGGGGAACGCACUAGGUUCAGGUCUGAUGUUCUGUCUUUUCAGCAGAUGACAGAGCAGUUCAAUCAGGAGUUGUCUUUGACCGGCAAAAUUCCCUCGGGGCUUUUCAAUUCAAUGUUUGAAUUUUCUGGGAGUUGGCAGAAAGAUGCGGCGCAUACCAAGACCCUUGCUUUUGAUGGGGUGUUAAUUACACUUUACACUGUUGCGUUAGAGAAGUCUCAGAUGGUACUUUGCGAUCAUGUUAGAAAAGCCGUACCAUCAGCUUGGGAUCCACCUGCAUUAGCAAGGUUUAUCGAUACCUUUGGCACCCAUAUUAUUGUUGGUAUGAAGAUGGGAGGAAAAGAUGUAAUAUAUUUGAAGCAGCAGCACUCAUCAACUCUCCAACCUGCCGAUGUUCAGAAAAAGUUGAAAGAAAUGGCAGAUAAAAGGUUUCUGGAUACUAAUGGCCAAUAUAAAGUAGCUUCCGAUCAAGUUUUCCCAAAUAACAAGUUUGGAACCAGGACGCAGAGGCUAACUUUUGCUAAUAUUAGUCCAUCAAGUUCUUAUUCACAUAAGGAGGAUAUUGUAAGCUUUUGCAAGAGAAGAGGUGGAAGCGAUGACAAAACUCUAUCGCAUAAUGAAUGGUUACAGACCGUUCAGUUGGAGCCUGAUGUGAUCUCAAUGUCCUUUAUUCCAAUAACCUCUCUAUUAAACGGAGUUCCGGGGAGUGGAUUCUUGAGCCAUGCCAUAAAUCUUUAUUUACGAUAUAAGCCACCUAUUGAAGAGCUCCACCAAUUCUUGGAAUUCCAGCUGCCAAGGCAGUGGGCACCUGUAUUCAGUGAACUUCCUCUUGGUCCGCAAUGGAAGCAACGGAACUCUGCAUCUUUACAAUUUAGCUUCAUGGGGCCAAGGCUCUACGUGAACACCAUACCGGUUGAUGUAGGAAAGAGGCCAGUGACUGGUCUCCGUCUCUAUCUUGAAGGUAAGAAAAGCAAUCGGCUGGCCAUCCAUAUGCAACACCUUUCAUCUCUUCCAAAAAUCUUCCAGCUUGAAGACGAUUCAAAUGAAAAUCUUCAACGGAAGUCAUACGAUAAGAGAUUCUACGAGAAGGUUCAAUGGAAGAAUUUCUCUCAUGUAUGCACUGCUCCUGUGGAAUCCGAGGAGGACCUUUCAAUAGUAACCGGAGCACAAUUGCAAGUCGAGAAUUACGGCUUUAAAAAUAUACUCUUCCUAAGACUUAAAUUCUCAACCGUGUUGGGAGCUAGGGAGGUAAAACAUCCCGAGUGGGAUGGCUCGCCUGGGCUCGGAGCCAAGUCAGGACUCAUAUCGACUCUUAUUAGCCAACAUUUCACCGGGGCUUUUCAGAAGCCGCCUCCACGUCCUGCAGAUGUUAAUAUAAAUUCAGCUGUGUAUCCAGGCGGCCCUCCUGUUCCCGUCCAAGCUCCCCGGCUUCUAAAAUUUGUUGACACAACUGAGAUGACCAGAGGACCGCAGGAGACUCCUGGCUAUUGGGUUGUUACUGGAGCAAGACUUUUGGUUGAGAAGGGAAAAAUCUCUUUACGGGUUAAGUAUUCUUUGUUGACUAUGAUAUUACCAGACGACGAUGACGACGACAUGUUGGAUGAUCAGUAGCCGACUUUGUUAUUCAUUCGGUCUUUCUCGUUUUCAUCAGCAGAACUAAGUGUUCAUUUUUCCGGAGGGUAUUUGACAUCAAGAUAAAUUGGAUUUAGUUUUCCUAAUCGGGUAGGUUGACAGCCAUUAUACGAAACGUGAAUUUCACGAAAAGAUUCAUACAAAAAAGGGAUUUGUUUGACGGAAUUGAUGCGAUGGGAUAAGCAUAAGUGCAAGAGCUUUCCCCCUAUUGGAAUUCCACUUGAAAUGUAGAUUGUUACAGUGCAGAAAAUUGACUAGCUGAAUUAAUUCCACUGGUCUCUGGUGAAUCAUCUUCCCAUUGUUUUCAUUUGAUCACCUAGAGAAAUUCUGUUGUAAACACUAAUAUAUAUCAAUUUAAUAUGUUAAAAAUUCAUGUCAUA